CCCCCCCCCCCAGUCGACGUCUAGCCAGACCAAGACGUUCCUUCCCCCGGACCCCAGGCUUCCACCGCGCCUUCCCUUCAUAUAAGAACGCGCUGCCCGGUGUGUCGAUUGGGUUUUUGUCUGCUGUGAUCUUCAACCCUCGCACCUUCCUCUUUCUCCCUCUCCUCUCUCUCCUCUCUCACCUCUCUCACCUCUCUCACCUCUCUCCUUUCCCAACUUGUUUGAUCUUCCACCUCCCUCCCCUAUAAUGGAGAAGGAACUUGCCCAAGGCUCUGCGAGCCCCCCGGCCUCCGACUUGGUGAAGAGCGCCCACGACAUUGAAGGAGGCGCCGCUCACCACGAGAGUUUCCAGAAUGAGGAGAUCAACAACCUGUCCGAGGAGCACCGCCAGUACCUUCUCCAUCGCCAUGGGACCCUGAAUCUCGAUCCUAUCCCGGACAUGGAUGAUGCGGAUCCGUACAACUGGCCGUCAUGGAAGAAAGGUGUGAAUCUGGCCUUGGUGGCCUUCCACGCCAUGAUGGGUACCUUCACGGCCGCCUGUAUCAUGGCUGCCUUUGAGAACAUCCACCUGGACCUCGGCGUCAGUCUGCAGCGCGCCAGUUACCUGACCUCCCUCGUCAUCGCCAUCCUGGGUGGCGCUCCGCUGUUCUGGCGUCCGUUGGCCAACCGCUUCGGUCGCCGUCCCAUCUUCCUCAUCUCCCUCAUCUGCGCCCUGGUCGCCGAAAUCGGUUGUGCCAACAGCUACUCCUAUGCCACCAUGGGCUUGUGCCGUGCCAUCGCCGCCUGGUUCAUCUGCCCCCCGGCUGCCAUCGGUAGCGCCGUCGUCGCCGAGAUGUUCUUCAAGAAGGACCGUGCUCGCUGCAUGGGUUACUGGACCCUCAUGGUCACCCUCGGUGUUCCCUCGGCCCCCUUCCUGAUGGGUUUUGUCGCCCAGCGCGUCGGUUACCGCUGGAUCUACUACAUCAUGGCUGUCGUCCACGCCAUCCAACUCAUCGUCUACUUCGCCUUCGGUGCGGAGACUCUCUACAUGCGCAAGGGUACCGGCGUUGUCCAGACCCAGCAGCCUACCGGAGCCAUCAAGCGUGAAUACUUCAAGUUCGGCCGCAUCGACUCCACCCCCUUGACCUGGUUCGACUUUGUUGAGCCGCUCACCCUGGCCGCCAAGCCGUGCGUGAUGAUCCCCGCCGCCGCGUACGCCAUGAUCUUCCUGUGGGGUUCCAUCAUGGUCACCGUCGAGAUCCCCCAGCUGUACCCGGUCAUGUUCGGCUUGGACACGCAGGAGGUUGGUCUGCAGUUCAUCGCUGUCAUCCUUGGUUCCGUGCUCGGUGAGCAGGUUGGUGGGCUCAUCUCCGACCGCUGGAUGGCCAUGAGCGAGCGCAAGCACGGGGUCGCCCCGCCCCGUGAACACCGUCUGUGGCUCGCCUACAUCGGCCACGCCCUGACCAUCUGCGGUGUUGUCGUGUUUGCCAUCCAGAUCAAGAACGCCGGCGCCCACUGGAACGUCACCCCGGCCGUUGGUGCCGCCAUCGCCGCCGCUGGCAACCAGAUUGUCACCACCAUCAACGUCACCUACGCCGUCGACUGCUACCGCCCGCAGGCGGCGAGUGUCGGUGUCUUCAUCACCUUUGUCCGUCAGGUGUGGGGCUUCAUCGGCCCCUUCUGGUUCCCCCAGAUGUUCGACACCGUCGGCUUUGCCGGCGGUGCCGGUGUUGCCAUUGCUCUCAUGGUGGGCGUCAGUGUCAUUCCCACCAUCAUCCUGCAGUGGAAGGGCAAGAACUGGCAUUAGUUUUCUCCUUUUUUUGUUUUUUCUUUCUCAUGUAAUUAAUGUAUGAUGAGUUACUUACUACUGGUAUACUUGCACAAGCCU